CACGUCACGGCGACUUUGCCGGGCUCGAGUGACUGAAGCAAUGGCGGCAGCAGAAGGGCCUAUAAGCAAGAGGCACAUCGUCAGUGACGAUGCCUCUUCGAGGACGGCAUUCGCUCUGGUCUCCUCUGUUGCGCCGCUUUACUUCCUCAUCACCUUGAAGCAGCGACUGUCACUGGACAAUCUCCAUCUUGGCCUUGUCGAAGUCGUCUUACUGCUCGUGCUCCGCUUCGUGAUCAACCUCAACCCGGUCAACGCGGUCAGGCGAGCAGAAUCGGUGGCCGGUGUCGUCAGCCAAGCCGAUCAGGAUGAGUAUGACCGCUCCUCUGUCGUACCCAAAGCACGACGGCUCAAGCGGAAGCCCAAAUCGAGGAAAUCGGCCAAGUCAAAGGGAGAGCAUCCCGUGUAUACCGACGCCGUGAUCGACAAGUGCUUGUACAGCAUGCUUGCUAUUGUCGACCCCAAGCCGCUAGGCGAGCUCAAGGAGCCGAAAGACGACACGCCUGCGCCCAUACCACUCGAUCAAUGGGCGCUCGUGCACGACUCGGAACGCACAAAAGUGAUGAAGCAUCCUUCCAUGCCUCAGCUCUAUGCGAUCUCGUCUACUUUCCCAGAGCUCGAGGUCAGGAAGCUCUGGGAAGUCCUCAUCGAUGCCGGCAAUAGAGUCACUUGGGAUGGCCUCUGCGAAAAGGCAGAGACCGUAGAGGAGCUUGGACCGCGCGGUGUCAAAGCAGACGGCAAACGUCAGGGCAGCAUCGCCUAUCUCGCCAUGAAGGGCAUGUUUCCCGUCAAAGCAAAGGACAUGUGCCUGCUCUCCAUCAUCACCCGCUUACCGCCGACAGCCUCGACCGUGCCAGACUCUUCUGACAAGCCUAUACUACGCUUAAUGUGCGCAACUACCUCGGUCGAGCACAAGGACCGCCCAGAGCAAUCUGGCUACAACCGCAUGAAACUUGCCAUCUCUGGCUUCGUCGCAGAGGAGGAUGGCCAUGGUGGCUCGCGACUCAUUCAGAUCACAGACCUCAGCGGUCUCGGCAGCUGGGUACCGGACAAGAUCAUCCAACUCGUCACAAAGAACAUUAUACCCAAAAGUCUUGCCAAGGUGGGCAAGCUCGCCGAGACGUACGAGCCAAAGAAGGAGCGUGCAGCCCUGCAAGGCGAUGAUUGGCUUCCGCCUUUGCUUGGAUCAUGGGAUGAUCCCGCGCUUGCGAAAGAGGCACAAGGGGCAGAUGCGGGAGAGAUCGAGGCAGAUGACAGCGAAGGCGAGGAGGGGGAAGAGGAAGAAGAGGAUGACGAUGACGAGGAGCUUGCAAACAUGCCUGCCUCUGAAGCCCGCUCACUCAGAGAGCUUGUGGUGCAGCUCCGGACGGUCACCUCCCGGCUAUCAUCACUCGAGAGCGGCACGAAGAAUGAACAGUCUGGCUGGCUACAGCGCAUCAUGCCAUCCAAUGCUGCAGUCCAUCAGUCAACCGGCUUGGCAGGCGUGCUCAGUUCGUCCGUCUUUGGCGGCGCAGUCGGCGCAGCGACCGUUUUUGCACUCUUUAUGCGCAUGACACGCAGGCGACAAUAAUUUGCACUUGUUCUCGAUUGUACAACUAGAUCCGAUGUAGACCGCCUUGCUUGCACAUCGAGCCUUCAUGAAUCUUGUCGGACUGCAUGAGGACUGCGCAUCUCUUGCCGCCGCUCCUUGAAGCUGCUCACAUGCAGCAGCGUAGCAAGCUCG